AUGGCAAAAGAAGCUCCGAGAGGGACGGCGUGCUCAAGGACAUCAUCACCCCUCAAAAACUCUGAAAAGACCUAUAGCGAGCCGAAAAGAGGUAAUAAUACACAAGAUGUCCUCCAAAGGUCCCAAGGAAGAGACCACACUGUGUCCCAUAGACACAGGCUUGGCCUACGCCACUACCCUGUUGACUCCCCACCUCUGAAGACUAGGUGGUUUUACGCAGUAGACUCGCCGAAAUGGAAACCAUCUUUCUUAGAUCAGAAGGAGGAAAAUGUGAAACCCUUACCCGCUCCUAAAAAAUUUGUCCCCUUUACGCCGAAGGAUUCUCAGUCCCUCGAACAUGCAUUCCAGCAACUGUGCAAGGUCGAGAUAGAGCUGGAGAAAACACAUAGCGACGGGCCAACAGACAAGUCAUGGGAUGAGCCCAUCAAUGUACCCGUCAACGAAGACUACCUUUUUGAUGUGAACAUAAAUCGGAGGGAAUUGGGGCCAGCCUACUGGGUAGGGCCCGUAUAUGAGGUUCGCCGUGGCACUUGGUUCUUUCAGGAAGGGUCUACAAUCAAGCCAUGUGAAGAGAAUCUUGCAACGCAACUUGAGGAAGGCUAUUUGAAGGUUAAACCGUGGCGCUCGGUAGAGCUUAGCCUGCACGUAACUCGGCCCUCGACGACAGCAAGUAGCCUUGAGCAAGAUGGUACCGGGAAUUCAGCGCCUCCGUCUGCCAGUGAAACACGAAAACAUCGCUUAUUCGGUUCCUACAUGAAUAACAUUGUCACAUACCAAGAUUCUACAACAGCACUGCUCACGAGCGAUGAUUUUAUGUCCAGAGUGAGUACAACCGUUUAUCAAACUCUCGGUGGGGUACCAGGAACCAGGGUAGUCCGUGGUUUUUCAGAACCGAGGAGGUACAAUGAGACCCAAGAUAAGAAAAACUCCGAUGAAAAACCAAGUAGUGAACCAUGGCCCAACGUCUCAGGUGCACCAACCGGAAACGCAGGCACCAAAACAGCACCAGAACUUUCCGGACCUGAUAUGUCGCAAGUGGAAUUGCCGCAGGACACGGCUCAGUCCGAGACAAGACCGAUUACAACAUUGGAACGGCGCGUUUCAUCGUUAGCUGGUGCCCAGGGCUCCGUUGAUCUUGAAGAACAGGCGCGUAAACAAGAGGAAAAGGAGAUGGAAGAUUUAAGAGAGGGGGAUGAUGAGGAUAGGGAAAGAGAAAUCGAUCAUCUAGUCCUGGUUACACACGGAAUUGGUCAACGACUUGGCCUGCGGUUAGAAAGUGUUAACUUUAUACACGAUGUGAACGUCCUCAGAAAGACAAUGAAGCGCGUGUAUAAAGCGUCGCCAGACCUUCAAUCCCUCAAUUCUUCUUCCCCAGAUAAACAGAAGAAUUGUCGCGUUCAAGUUUUACCUGUGUGCUGGAGGCACCUGCUGGAAUUCCCUUAUAAAAAGGUUGGGCAAAACCGCAGGGAAUUGGACCUAGCAGACGCAGACACGCUCGAAGACGAUGUAUACCCUGCAUUAUCAGACAUCACGCUUGAGAGCGUCCCGGCCGUCCGAAACCUCAUCUCUGACCUUGCCAUUGACGUGCUGCUCUAUCAAAGCAAGCACCGUGAGCAGAUUUCUGCUAUAGUCAAGCAAGAGUGCAACCGGAUCAUCGAACUCUACAUGAAGCGGAACCCUUCUUUCAAUGGAAGUGUGAGUCUUUGUGGACACUCCCUGGGGAGUGCAAUUUUGUUUGAUAUCCUUUGUUCCCGAGACGUGGAGCCGAGGAAGACAGAUGAUCUUGGCGAAUCAUCUGCUAGUGCAUCUGCAUUUACUUUUGAGUGUGAGGAAUUUUUCUGUUUAGGGUCUCCGGUAGCUCUAUUUGAGAUGCUCAAAGGCAAGACGAUUGCUGGGAAUCCUAUCAGGGGAGAUGAGUACAAUAGGGGAGAAGAAAGAUUUAAGCGACAGUCUGCAACUCUGGGCACAGGAAUCACCCUUAACGAGAACCAGUUCGCCGUAUCCACUCCAAAGUGCCGGCAGCUGUACAAUAUAUUCCAUCCUUCUGACCCAGUGGGCUAUCGCAUGGAGCCCUUGAUAUCUCCAGCAAUGUCGUCGCUCAAGCCACAGCCUCUGCCAUCUGUGAAACGGAGCAUCUGGACCGCAUCCGGACAAAGCCUUUCAUUGAUCAGUAGUCGCGUGGGUCAAAGUGUCGGGUCACUAUGGACCAACUUCACCUCCGGUGUGGCGAGUAGCCUGUUGAACCGCAGCCUUGGUAUUGGCCCCGAGGAUAGUUCUUCACGACAGCGCUCGGGUACCCGCUCUCAGGCACGGCUACGUACCUCGCUGCCACCAGAUGCCGGUGACCCGGGAAAUCGAAGUCCCACCUUGAUAGACCCGGAUAUAGAGACAUUAUACGAGGGUUUUCAAAAAGCGAAGUUAAAACGCGAGAAACUAACGACUGAUUCAAAGGCUGAGCACGAUCCGGGGUUGCAGGAGACGGACCGUGGCCUGAAAAAAUUGAAACGUGAGGAAGAGAAAGUGAGAUUAUUGAACUCCAACGGACGAGUUGAUUAUAGCAUACAGGAGGGGGCAUUCGAUAUAUCUCUAAUUGCAAGCCUUGCCAGCCACCUUAGCUAUUGGUCAGACGAAGAUGUCAACCACUUCAUGCUUUCACAGAUGCUCUGCAGAAAGCGUACCCAAGUUUAG